GAGCGAAUGCAAUAAAGAAACAAACCUUUUCCAACUGCAUCUCUCUCUCUCUCUCUCUCUCUCUCUCUCGCCCCUCUCGCUUCGUCUUCCUCCUCCUCCUCCUCCUCCUCUACCCUUGGAGGUCAACAAUGGCGUCGGCGCCUCCGAUGGGUUCCUUCCGCUACGUGUUCGAGCAGAGGAGCCGGGAGCGGCUCCUCCCCUCGUCCCUCAAAGACGCCCCCGGAUGGGGCCCCGGCCUUGACUCCCUCCUCGGCGGGGACGGCGCCGGCGCCGAUGACCGCGGCCUCCUCCGCCGCAUCGGCGACGCGAUCGCCUCGAUCGGACCGAGGCUUCGGGGUUUGGCGGUGGAGGGGUGGGAGUUCGGGAGAUCGGACCCCCGGAAUGUGGUGUUCGCAGCGAAGCUAGGGUUCGCGCUCACCCUCAUCUCCUUCCUCAUCUUCCUCAAGGAGCCCUUCAAGGACCUCUCCAGUCACUCCGUCUGGGCCAUCCUCACCGUCGUCGUCGUCUUCGAAUUCAGCAUCGGUGCAACUUUAAGCAAAGGAUUUAAUCGGGGUUUAGGAACAUUGACUGCUGGAGGACUUGCUUUAGCAGUGGCUGAAUUAUCUACAUUGACAGGACCGUUGGAAGAAGUUUUUCUUAUGAUUAGCAUUUUCAUUGUGGGAUUCUUUGCAAGCUAUAUGAAGUUAUACCCGACGAUGAAGCCUUAUGAGUAUGGCUUUCGAGUUUUCCUGCUCACGUUUUGCUUCAUUAUGGUCUCGGGAUACAGGACAAAAGAAUUUCUCCAUACAGCUGUUAGUCGCUUUUUACUUAUUGCACUCGGUGCUUGUGUUUGCUUGGGAGUCAACAUCUGCAUCUAUCCAAUAUGGGCAGGAGAAGAUCUGCACAACUUGGUAGCGAAAAAUUUCAUAGGUGUUGCCAAGUCCCUGGAAGGCUGUGUUAAUGGAUAUCUUCAAUGCAUGGAGUAUGAAAGGAUCCCUUCGAAAAUCCUUACGUACCAAGCUUCUGAUGAUCCUUUGUACAGCGGGUAUAGGUCAGCUGUUGAGUCAACUGCCAAAGAGGAUGCUCUUUUAGGUUUUGCUGUUUGGGAGCCUCCACAUGGUCCUUACAAGAUGCUAAAGUAUCCCUGGAAGAACUAUAUUAAAGUUAGUGGGGCUCUGAGGCACUGCGCAUUCACAGUCAUGGCGUUGCAUGGCUGCAUACUUGCAGAAAUACAGGCACCACCAGAGAGCAGACAAGUUUUCAGUGAUGAACUACGGAGAGUAGGUAUUGAAGGUGCUAAAGUAUUACGUGAUUUGGGAAACAAAGUCAAGACGAUGACAAAAUUAAGUCCACAAGAUAUUCUCUUAGAAGUCCAUGAGGCAGCUGAACGGUUACAAAAGAAGGUAGACCAGAAAUCAUACCUUCUAGUGAAUUGGGAAAGCUGGGGUGGCAAUAAGCAUCUCGAAGGAAAAAUAAAGGAAGAAUCAGAUGGAAUCAAUUCCAUUGAAAUAGAAAACAAAAAUCCAGCAACCAAAUCAAAUAGUGAAGUGGUUCUUGGUCUUGCAUCGAUCCAAUCAUCAAAGAACUCGAUCAUUCAUAAUUCAAUCAGUAGACUCGAUUCCUCUUCAACAGCAGACAUGUUGUUGAAGCAGCAACUAUCUUGGCCUGCUAGGAGAUCAUCAUUCAAUCUAGAUGUACUGCCUGCUGAAGAAGAAUCUAAAGUGUACGAGAGUGCAAGUGCAUUAUCGCUGGCAACAUUUGCUUCACUUCUGAUUGAAUUUGUCGCCAGGCUUCAGAAUCUUGUUGAUGCCUUCGAAGAACUUAGUAAGGUAGCUAACUUCAGGGAUCCGGUGAACGAACCAGCAGCGAAGACUUCUGGGCUCUUAAGCAGAAUAUGCAAAUUUAUUGGACUGAAGAGUUGAUUAGAUCUUAAUCUGGAAAAUUUUGUAGAUCCCUUUGUGCGUUUAUCUGUUGCUGACAUGAAAAUAGAAGGGGAAGAUGCGAUCUCAAUAAAGUAUGUACAGUCGGUUGAAGUGCUCUACAUUGAGGAGAAAGUGUGUUCAUGAUGUUGAAGAGUAUGAAUUUGUUAGAAGGUUUGUGUGUAGAACUACGAAGCUUCAAAAGUCAUGUGAUAUUUGAUCCAAUUUUUGUUGGGAAGUCUGCAUUAAGGAGAUGGAGGUCCGUGUCCACGAAGAGUCCGAGCUUGUAAGGAGGUCGCUUUUGUGGGUUAAAUGAUAAAAUGUCAGAAACUUGGUGAUAUUUGAUCCCGCUUCAACAGGAAAGCAGAUUGAUGGCUACCCAAUUUGUCGUGGCGUGAGCAUGGUGGAUGCAAUUUCAUUAUGAGGAAAUGUAAUUAAUAUAUUUUUUUUCUUUGGUUGGAGAUAUGUUAGAACUGUAUGUGGGCAUGGAGCUGUCGGUAAUUGGUUUCUCUCUUCUACGGUUUCAAUUGUUCAUACCUAAUAGCUUGAAUCCUUGUAAUCUCACAUCAAAUUGAUUGCAUUAACUGAACAAGGACAAUUUCUAUUUUAGUGCUUAAAUAGUGUUUUUUUUUUAUUA